AUGAAAAAUCUUUUUUUAAAUUUCUGCUGUUUAUUAAUAUAGACAGCGUUGUCAUAAAUGUUGAUGGAGACCUACAAUUAGGUUUCUAUAAAGGGAAUAGAAUUUGAUUGGAGCGCUAAAACUGUAGCUAUAGAUGAUUAAUAGCUAUUAAUAGCUUAAAACAUUAGGGGACAUGAUUAAUUGUUUUAAGUUUAAUUAAUGUUAAUAGAUAUAAUGAGUAAUGAAAUAAUUAAACAAAUAACGAUAAGAGGAGUAGAUGAGAGUAACUAUUGUCCAGAUAUAGUUAUUAUAAAAAAUUAAAUAUUUAUUGCUCUUAUAAGUGAGAAAGGAAGUGCUUUGAAUGUAUUAAUGAAAAAAUUAAAUUUAUCAUUGGAAGAAAUAGAGGUAGAAUUAAAUUUAGGAGAAAUUUUGUAUGAAGUGAAAUCAAAUUAAAAAAUUUAGUUUAUUAGCUUAAGUCAGUUAAAUUAAAAUUUAUUAUCGAUUUAAUGGUAUUCAAAAGGGAAAGAAUAUCCUUCUAAAUAAUGGAAUAUGAUAUUGUAUAAUCCAACUACUAAUAUAAUGGGUGAAAAAAUCAUAUUACCAGAUAGUCAUUUUAUAUCAGUUACCUAAAAUUAAUUAGGAAUAAUAGGAAUAGUUUAAUCGAAUGAUUAAAAUAUAAUAUUAUCUAAAUUACAUUAAGGUAAGUUAAGUACAAGAUCUAUUAAUAAAUAAUCUAAUUUAUAUCAAUAGAGAGUUAAAAUAUAUAGUUUACCUACAAAUGAAUUUAUAGUCAUUAGAUAUACUACUUCAUAAGAAUUUGAAUUUCGAAGAUUUGAUAAAAAUUUAGAAGCUAUUCAUAAUCCUUAAAGUAUUAUAUUAAGAAGUAAUUGUUAUUAAAAUUCAAUAUAAGCAAUUGAUACAACAUUUAGGGAUUCUUAAUUAGUUGUAGUAUGUAAAUGUGAAGAUGAAAUAAAAAUCUAAUAAAUUGAAUUAUUAAAUUAUAAAGAUGAUUAAUAUUUAUCUGAAUAGUAUAGAUAGAUUGAAGUAGAAAAUAAAUAAAAUAUCUAAUCAAUGUAAAUUAAUUAUAUUGAUCAUAACCGAUUGUUUAUUAGAUGGUUUACACCAAAUUUAUAUAACUAUAUAUUAUAAGUUUAAUUAAUAGAUAUGAACUUAUUAAUUAAUGAAUGUAUAUUAAAUUGUAAUAGAUGUGAUAAAUAAUUUAGAUGUUAAUAAUGUAAAGAUAAUUAUUAAUUGGAUAUAAUAUAAAAUGAAUGUAUACCAAUCUGUCCUGAUAAUUGUUUACAUUGUUCUAAUGCUACUUAUUGUGAUAAAUGUAAAUUGGGAUAUUAAUACACCAAAGAAAAUUUAUGUGUAAGUCCAAUUAAUAAUAAUUUUAUUGAUCUUAAAGUGAGCAGUGAAUUAGAAAAUAAAGGGAAAGGAAAAAUAAUAAAUAAGGAUUUGUAUUUGAUAAUAAUUUAUAGUAUAAUUAAGAAUGAUUAAUAAUAGUAUUUAGUUAUUCGAAAACUUGACACUAAAGGAUAAUUAAUAAUGAAAGUAGAACAUUAUAAAGAAUAAAAUACAUUAUUAGAUUAUGAUAUUGCUGAUUCUUUAUAGGAUGAUGUAUUUCUAAUAUUAAUAAAAUGGAUAUCAGAUAAUGGAUCAACACAAAUCAUUAAUUACUAAUAUUAUUUAUAAGAUUUAACUAUUAAAGAUGAAUCUUUAAUUACAGAAUCAUCUCCAUAUAUGAUUGGAGAUUAAAUUAAAAUUGUCAAUUAUAAAUAGGAUAAUAUAGCUUAUUUUUAUUUUAAUUAAGAUAAAGAUUAUUAUCAUCUUUAAUAUAUAAGAGUAGAUUAAAAUAAUAUUAGUUAUAAUUAUUAUGGUAUUGCAUUCUAUUAAAAACAUAAUUUCGAGAUGACUUCAUAUAAAUCUAUAGAUGGCAAUUAUUAUCUUCAAGUUAGAAAUGAUGAUUAUUCUUAUAAAUGUACUAUUUAAGAUAAUCAUUUGUAUUGUAUUUAUUUGGAUAAUAAAGAUAGAAAUGAAUUCUAUUCAUAAAAAUUAUUUCAAAUUGAUUCACUUUCCUUAUAUAUAGAUCAUGAUAUUUAUUUGAAUAAAUAAUUAUAUCUUAAUAAUACCAAUGAUUUCAAAAUAUAAAUUACAUAAUCAUCAAGACAUCCUUAAAAUCAUACAUUUAUAUAGAUUGAAUAAAAUAAUAUUAUAAUAUUGUGGUCUGGUAUUUCAAAUAUUUAAGAAAACAAUGCAAUAUCUCAUUUGUAUAUUUAAGGUGUUUCUAAAUAAACUAAUUAGAUUACUAAUUUAAAAUCUUAUAUUUGUUCUUCUGCUUGUAUUAAAUGCUCAGAAACUGGAGUAUGUAUAUAAUGUAAGAAUACUAAUUACAGUUUAGAAAAAGGAAAGUGUAAAUUAAAAUGUAUUAAUAAUUGUGAAUCUUGUUUAGUAGAGAAUGAAUGUUUAAAAUGUAAUUUAAAUUAUUUCUUGGAUUCAAAUUCAUAAUGUGUAUAAACAUAAAAAGAUUAAAUAUUAUAAAAAUAAGAUUAUUUAUAUCCUUCAAUAUACUAGAACAUAGAUGGUACUAUAUCUAUAGUAUCAUUAAAACUUAAUGGAACUAAAUAUGAAGUUAUUUAUGAGGAAUAUAAUAGAUAAGGUGAUUCAAUAUCAGGAGAAAUCAGAAUUACUAACGAUAGUAAUUUAACUUUAUUAUUAAAAUAACCUAAAUUAAUCAAAAAAGAUCAAUAUAUUCUUAUUAAUUAUAUUACAAGAGAUGAAUUAAAUAGUCUAUAAUAUACUGCUGUUUUUGUUACUUUAGAUUAUUCAUAUCAAAUUAUUUAAAAUACUCUAUUAUUAACAUUAAAUAAUGAUGCCUUAAUUGAUUUUUAUGUAAUUGAUAAUGUUUUACAUGUAUUCAGUGUUAAAAAUUACUACACUUAAGGAACUUGGUUGUAUUAUAAUUUAUACUCAAUUCAAAAUGGAUUUAUGAUUCAAAAAAGUGAAAAAUAAUUUACAGAUUUGUUUGAUUUUACUAAAAGAUAUUACAACUUUAGAAUAGGUAUUUUAGUUACUUAGAAUAAAUUUUCAAUAUAAUAUUCUGAAGUAGGAGGAAUCAAUUAAAUUGUAUAUAUAUUAGAUUAUGUAUAAUUAAAAACAACAAAAUCUACAAUUACAAGUUAUUAUGAGAAUUAUUUAAAUUAAUUGUAACAUUAUGCUAUUCAAUAUAAAUAAUUAAGCAAUCAAAAAUUAAGUGUAUAAUUCUAUAAUUAGAAAUAUUCUCUUUUAAAUGAUAUAAUAAUAGAAUCAAUAGCUGAAUUAUCUUAAGUAUAAGUUGUGACAACUUAAGAAUUUAUAUAUAUUUUGUAUGUCGAAUAAUAAUAAACAAAUAUGGGAAUAAUAAAAAUUAGAUAAUAUAAUUUGAAUGGAUUAUAGAUAGCUACAACUCAAAUUAAUUCAAAUGAAUAGAAUGUUGAUUAAUUAAGUAGUAGUAGUUAAUAAAAUGAAUUCAUUUAUGUAACUUGGAAUUCUAUAAGAAAUAGAAAAUCAUAUAGAAUGAGAUUAAAUUAAAAAUUAUAAGCAAUUCCAUUCAAUAAUUAAAUAUGUGUUUCUAGAUGUACAGAUUGUUCAAAUAAUGAUAAGAUAAUUUGUUCAUAAUGUUUAGAUGGAUAUAAAUUUGAUGAAUAAAAAAUGUUAUGUUCACCAAUUUGUUCAGAUAACUGUUAAAAUUGUUUAUUACCUUAUACAUGUGAUUAUUGUUAUGAUAAUUUCAAAUUCAUAGAUAAUAAAUGUCUUAAUGUAACUGAAUUCUAAUUAGAAAUAUCAAUUUGUUAAUAAACUUGUUAAGGAUUGGGUUCAAUUUUAACUUUUGAUGAUAAUUAAAUGAUAACAACCUUUUAUAAUAAUAAGAACUAAUAACAUAGUUUAGAUUCAAACAUUUAUGAAUUAGAAUCUAAUAUAAUUACAUCUAAGUAAUUAAUUACAUCAGAUACAAUUAUACCAUAUCAUAAAAUUUAUGAAUAUGAAUCUAGAAAGUUUGCUCUUAUAUGGUUAAGUGGUAAUUGUGUUAUAUCAUGCAGAAUGAUGUUACAAUUAUUCUAAAAAAACUUUAUUAUUAUAACAAAUCCAAUUGAAUUAAGAGUUCUUUAAGUACUUAAUAUUGAUGAAUUUGAAGUCUAGAUCAAAACAUUUAAUACAGAUCUUGUUAUUGUUUGGACUGAAAUAAAUCAAUAUUCUAUUUAGUAAUCAUAUGUUGGUGUUUAUAAUAUAAAUAAUGGAUUUUAAAUAAAAUAAAAUUUAAAUGAAAAUGAAAAUGACAUUUCUAUUAAUCCAUAAUUAUUAAUUUAGACUUCAUCCUAUCAAAUAAUCUAUAUCAAAAAUAAUAAUAUUAUAAAUUCAUUAACUAUAGAUAAUACAUCUGUAAAAUAUAAACAACUAUAUUAAACUACAAAUUAAAUUGAUUCUAUUUCAUCAGAUAAUAUUGAUAGUAGUGGAUUAACAAUAGGAUGGAUUGAAAUUGAAAUUAAUAGAUUUGGAAUGUAAAAUUUUUAUAUUUAUAUCUAAUGGUUCGAUAGAUAACUUAAUCAAUAAGCUAAUAAAAUAAUAUCAUUAAAUUCUUUAAUUAGAAUUUAAAAUUUAAAUUUAAAAUAUCUUUUUAAUCAAUAUUUAUUAUAAUUGACUUACAUAUCAUAUGAUAAUGAACAAUAGUAAAGAAUUCGUCAAUAAUUUUAAACUAUAUCUUUUUUAAAAUAUGGAUCAAAUUAUGUAUUAUAAACAAAUCCAUUAAAUAUUUUAAGUAAAUAUAAAUCUAAUUCAAAAUUCUAGACUUAUGUAGAUCCUAGAAAUUUCAUGUCAUAUGUAGUGUUUUAAGGAAUGAUGAAUAAUAUAAAUUAAAUAUUUUUAAUUGAAAAGAAAGGAUAGUAUACAUAUUAAGAUAAUUGUGAAUUGAAUUGUUUUUAUUGUAAUACAAAUAAUGAAUGUGUAAUUUGCAAAUAAGGUUAUUCAUUAUAGAAUAAUAAAUGUUAAUUGAAAUUACCAGAUAAUUGUGCUACUGGUAAUAAUGGUAGAUGUUCAUAAUGUAAUAUUGGUUAUACAAUUACAUCAGAUUAUAAAUGUUAAAUAAGUGAUUAUAAAUACAAAGAGAUAAAAAUGAAUGUAUAUUCAGCAUAAAGUAGAUAGAGAAUAUCAUCAUUUUAGAAUGGAGAUUAUGUAGUUGUAUGGACAACACAAUUUUAUUAAAAUGAAGGUACUAGUGUUUAUAUGUCAUUGUAUAAUUCAUAAGGUAUAAAAUUGAAAGAUGAAAUAAGAGUUAGUCAAUCUUCAGCAGGAAUAUAAUCACAUCCUGAUGUUUAAGUAUUAAAUAAUAAUGAAAUAAUUGUUGUUUGGAUAGAUGGUAAUAUACUCAUAAAUGCUAAUAUAAAGAUAUAAAAAUUUAAUUAAGAUUUCUAAAGAAUUGGAACUGAAGUUAUUGUUUAAAAUAGUAUUCAUCUUUAUUAUGCUUAAUCACUUGAUACACCAGUUGUUAUUCAAUAAAUUAUUAAUGGAUAUGCAAUAGUUUGGGCAGAAUAAGGAAAUCAAAAUUAUAUAUAAUUAAUCACUAAAUUCUUUGAUAAUAACAAUAAUAUACUUCAUACAUAAAUUAUUACUGAAAAUGAAUCUAUAAUUAAUGAACCGGUUAUUGCUUCUACUUAAACUAUUAUUGUGAUUGUUUGGUAAACAAAUAAAGGAAUCUUUGCAAGUUCAUUUAGUUUAAAUUUUAUAUUAAUUGACAAAAUAUAAUUAUCUACAACUGGAGAAAGUCCAUCUAUAAGUUCAGUAAAUGAUUAUUUUAUUAUUGUCUGGAAAGAGUAUGUUAUUGAUGAACAUGAUUUUAUGAGUUAAAAAAUAAGAUUUAGAAAAAUAUCAACAGAUUUAAAUUAAUAUGAAUUUUAAAAUAAUUUUGGUAUUUCAUAAGAAAAUUUAGAUAACCCAGAUGUAAUUUAAAUAGAAAAUGGAUUUGCAAUUAUUGCUGAAAGUGUUUUUAUAUAAAAUGAUAAAGUUAGAACUAUUUAAAUGUAAGUAUUUAAUUUAGAUGGUACUCCUAAAUCAUAAUCUGUAGUUGUUUAUUCUAUAUUUAAUUUGUACCCACAUCAUCCUUAAUUAACAAGUUAACCUUAAGGAAACUUUAUUGCUUCAUGGACAUUAAGUUCUUUAAUAUCAUAAAGUUUAAGUGAUGAUGUCUAUAUGAAAAGAUAUAAAAAUGAUGGUACCUAAUUAGAAUUAAACUCAAUCAUCUGUUCAGAAAAUUGUUAAAUAUGUUCAACAAGCAAUACCUGUCAAACUUGUAAAUAAAAUUAUGUUUUAUUUAAUGAUUUAUGUUACUUACAAAUUAAAAAUUGUGCUAUUCAUCUAAUUGAUAAUUAAAUACUCAUUUGUAAUCUUUGUGCUGAUGGAUUUCAAUUAAUUAAAAAUAAUUGUAAUUAAAUUAAUUAAAUCUCAAAUGAAUAUAUAAUAGAAUUCCCAAAUGAUUAAAAAAAUUAAAAUUCAUUUAAAGUGAUAACUUUUUCUAAUGGUGAUUUAUUAUAUUUUUGGAUUGGUGAUACAAUCAUAAUGACUCAAAGAUUUAAUAAAUAUGGAUAAAAAUAUUCUAAUCCCAAUAAAUUAGAUCUUGGGUUAUCUUGUAUUUAUACUUAUUAAUGCCCCUAUCUAUAUUACUUUGAUGUUUGUAAACUUACUGAAGAUUUGUUUGUAGUGGGCUAUAAAUAUGAAUAUGCAGGAUUAAUAUUCACAAGAGUUUACAAUUAAAAUUAAGAAUAUAUUGAGGAAAAUACAUUUACCUCAAAUUUAGGAAGUUUUAAUUCAAUAAUAUUUUCUAAGUAUAGUAAUUACAUAGUGAAAAUGAAAUAAUUGGAUAAUAUGAAAAUAAUACUGAUUCAAAUGGUUAUGAUAUCAGAUGUUCCUGCAUUGUAAUUAAAUAUAAUACCUUAUUAUGUUGAUAGUUCAUAUCGAAUUAAAUAAUCAAUCACACAAUAAAUCUAAUUGUUAUCUUAUUCUUAGUUUAAACAUUCUUAAGAUAUAGAUAUCUAUAUGAUUGACAAUUAAAUAAAAUUGGUUUAUAGAUCAGAUCCAACUAUAAGUUUUACAGAGAAUAAUUUUGACAUAUUUGGUGUUUUACUAAAUUUGAAUAAAGUAUAGAAAUCGAAUAAUUAAAUUGAGUUUAAAAUGAUUUCAUUAAAUUCAGACAGUUAUUUAACUGUUUGGACAGCUAUAGAAUCUUUUAAAUAUGAAGUAUUCUACUAAAUAAAACAGAAAAAAGGUAUAAUUGUAACAAGUCCAUAGAAAAUAUCUACUGGAAAUGAAAUCUAUAAGUUGGAUUUAAAGAUUGAUAUACUUUCAGAUUCAAUAAUUAUUACUUGGAGAGAAGGUUCAGAGACUUUAGAUAUGAGUUUAAAUUCUCUAUAUAAAGGAAUUUUAAUAUCAAAAGAGACUUAUAAUUUGAUUAGUGAAGUAAUUACUAUCAAUACAGAUAAUAGUAAUAUCAAAUCAUUAAAUAAUGUUAAUGUGAUUGAGUUAACAAAUUAAGAUAUUGUAAUUAGUAUUAUGUUUUAUAACAUAUUGAUGGAAAUCUAAACUAUCAUAUCAUACAAAUUUAAUCUAUUAGGUUAGAAAUUAGAAUUCUCUUAAAUGAGAUGUGGAUAUGCUUGUUAAGAAUGCAAUCAUUAAGGACUCUGUCUUAAGUGUAUAAAUACAAAUUUAUAUUUAUUAUAAGAUGAUGGAACUUGUAGAAAAAGACCUUAAAAUUGUAUUAAUUUUAAAACUCUUUGCAAUGAUUGUCUUGAUGGUUAUUACAAAACUUAAUAUCUUACUUGUGAGAAAAUCAAUCAAUUAAUAGAAACAUCAAUUCAAUUUGAUUAUGAAAAAUAUUAUUAUUUCUAUAAAGUGGCUACAUAUCGAAAUGGAAAUUUUGUUAUUGUUGGUAGUAAAGAUUCAAAAAUUAUAGAACUAAAUUAUUAUCUUAGUAAUGGAGUUGCCUAAAUACAAUAACUCAAAAUUAUUAAUCUUAUAGAUAUUGAUACGAUUAAUGAUUUAUCUCUUGUUAUUGAUGAUAAUGAUUUCUUAACAAUAUUUUAUUCUGUUUUUCCAUUAACAUAUUCAGAGUAAAAUAAGUAUUAUUACCAAUAAUUUGAUUAAAACUUUAAUUAAGUGACAGAUCCUAUAUUAUUUUAUUCUGGGUUAUAAUCACAUGAAUAAACUAUAAUAUUCACUAAAAUUCUGAAUAGUGGAUAAUUUGGUAUAUUAAUUAAGAGUAGAUUUGAUAUUCACCUUUAAAUCAUGAAUUCAAACUAUUAAUUUGUUGCUAAUUAGAUAUUACCAUUAAGUGAAUAUUUUGACUUAACAUCAAAUGGACAAAAUAUCAUUUUUGCUUACAUCAAAAAUACAAUUAGUAUUAUUAAAAUAUUUGAUGUAAAUUUAAGAUUGAUUUAAGAUUAAAUAAUUAAUGAUGGAGGAUUAGUAAAAGUGACAUCAAAUACACUCAAAUAAUUUGUUAUAAUAACAAAAACACAAAUAAAUAUAAUUUCAUAAGAGUUGAUUUUACAAUCUUAUGAUACUACUUUAUAUAAUUUAUACCCAAUACAAAUAGGUUUAAGUGAUAUGAAUGAAAUAAUUAUCUUAUCAUUCUAACAGAACUCAAACUCACUUCAUUUGCUUUAUUUUUCAAUGGAAGGGUUAUUAAAAAAUAAUGUAUAAGUUAAUAUGGAAUAUAAUGUAAUUUAACCUUAAAAUACCUGGUUAUUUAAACUGUAAAAUAAUAACUUUAUUGUUAUCUUUCACUCAGGAUAAGUAAAUUAUUCUUGGAAGUUAAAAAUAGCAAGAUUUGAUUGGCUUGGAAUUUCUAGGCCUGUUAGUGAUAUUAUCUGUCCUAAUGGUUGUUUAGCAUGUGCAACAUCUAUGGUUUGUGAUAUUUGUAAUUUUGGAUUUCAAAAAAAUGAUUAAACUUAAAUUUGUGAUAAAAUAUGUACAUAAAAUGGUUGUAAUAAAUGUAAGUUUAGUGAUUGUGAUGAAUGCUCACAAGGCUUUUAAUUUAAUAAUUUAGGAUAUUGUGUUAUUAUUGAAUAAUCAAAUGAACAUCCUAUAGAUCCUUAUGAUCCUAAUUAUGAGGAAGAAAUUAAAGAUCCUAUUAAUCCUUUAGAUCCUAUAGAUCCAAUUAAUCCUAUAGAUAUUGGAUCUAUAGAACAUCCUAUUAAUACAUAAUGCAAUCUACAAAUGUAAAAUAAAUUAAUUAAUUUCAUUAACAAUCAAUUCGCUAUCAUCUAUAUUUGUAAUAAUAUCCUAAAUGCAAAAUUAUUUAAUUAAAAUGGUUAAGAAAUAUAGAGCUUUAGUAUCACUAUUGAACUUGUAUUUAUUUUUGAUGCUACAUUCUUUGAUGAUUAAAUUAUUUUAGCUUUUGUCUUUGAAAAUUAACCAAAUUAAAGUCAAAUUUAUUCUAUUAAUAAUAACUUCUAAAAUAUUGCUCUUAAAUAAGUUACAAAUUAUCAAUCAGAAAUUAACAAUAUCAGAAUUUAAACUUUAAAUCAAAACUUUGUUAUUUUAAUCUCAAAUAAUAAAUAAAUUGAAUAUGAAUAACAAUUUAUUGAUUGUCAUUCAUAAACUCUAACUAUUUAUGAUAAUCUAUUUGCAAAAACUGUCAAUAAAUUGGAUAUCAAUUAUCCCGAUGGUAUAACUUCAGAUACUUGCAACAGAAAUUAAAUAUCUGAAAUUAAAGUAUUUGAAAAUAUUAUUUAUACAUUAUCUAUCAGUUUAUUAGAAGCAUAAUUGAUAUCUAUUGACACUUUUGGAGCAAUUCAAAAUACUUUUAAAUUAGAUGUUCCAAAUAUAGAUAAAAUAAAAUUUGAUAUUAAUCUUGACACUGUGAGUUUUAUAUACAAGACUUUUGAUUCAACUUAUUGGAAUUUAAAAAUUUGUAAUAGACUUCUUAUUAUUAUAUUUGUUAAAAUUGAUUAUAUUCCUGGAAAUUCAGAUGUCUAACUUUCGAAAGUAGAAAAUAAUUUGUUUGUAUCUUGGAAUUUUAACAAUAACCUUUAAAGUUCAUCUUACGAAUUAUUAGAUCCAUUUGGAAAUCAAAUUUCAAAGGGAGUAAUUUUGAGCAAUACAUAAAUUAGCAGUCCUUAAAUUUUAGUUUUGAAUUCUUAUUUAUACUUAACCUGGACUAAUCAAAACAAAGACUCAUAUUGGGGUAUUUCUUAUGCAAUUAUGAAUUAAAAUGGACAGUUUGUUGAUACGAUCAAAAAUUAAUGUUCUAUAAAUUGUUUAACCUGUAUUAAUACAAACUUAUGUACAACUUGUGAGAUUGGAUAUAAUUUAAUAUAAAUUAAUUAAAAUGAAAGCUUGUGCUUAAAGGAUUGUGAUUAAAAUUGUAUUAAUUGUGAUUAAAUUGGAAGAUGUUUUUAAUGCAGGUAAAAUUAUUAUCUGUAGAAUUAUUAAUGUAAUUUCGAUGAAAUUCAAGCCAAAUCGAUUAGAAUUAAUAAAUACACAUAACAAAGUUAGACAUAAUAAUAAGGAGCUAGAUUUAGUGAUGGAUCUAUAAUAGUUGUUUGGUCAAGUAAUUAUUAAGAUGGAAGUAGUUGGGGAGUUUAUGCUUAAGUAAUUGAUAAUGCUGGUGUUUAAAUUGGAGAUAAUAUCAAAAUUAGUUUGAAUUCUCAAGGACCUUAACAUUCUCCUUAUGCAGCUGUAUUGAAGGAUGACACAGUUAUAAUAAUUUACAUUAACGGAGAUCCUAUUGAUGGCAAUGCAAUUUUGAAAGCUUAAAAAUUUGAUAAAUAAAUGUUAAGAAUAGGAGAUGAAUUUGUUGUAGCUUUAAUCAAUAAUAAUAAUUACAGCUUAAAUAAUAAUCAUAUUUGUAAAGUAUUAAAUUUAAGUAAUGGAGGAUUUGUUAUUGGAUAUGUAAAUUAACUUUUAAAUACAUAUUAAAAAUUCAUUCAUCUAAAAUUCUAUGAUUCAAUCGACAAUUUUGUAUUGGAAUAAUAAAUUCCAACUUUAUUCCAAAAUUAGAAGGAUUCUUUAGAAGUUGCUGCUACUGAAUUCAGUAUUGCUGUAAUUAAUCAAGACGAACUAUUUUAAUCUUAUAUUAAUUUAUAUUAGUUGGAUGGAUAUUUCCUAUAAAAAAAAUAAUUUGCUCCAAUCAAUCCAUAAAUUUCCCCAUAUCUUACUUUAAGUAGCACAAAUUCUUAUUAUGCAAUAGGAUUCAAAUAAUAUGAAUAAGAUGCAUUAAUUGUUAAAUUAUAAUUAUUUGAUCAAUAUUUAAAUUAGUUAGGAGAUUUUUACAAUAUCAAAAUUUUAUAAUUUUAGAGUGGAUAUUUACAGUUCAUGGAAAUCAAAGAAUACAAUGAAGGACUAUAAAUUAUAGUUGCGAUGUAAUUUGAUUAAUCAUUCAUCUAAGAGCUUUAUUUCAUCAAAGAUUAACAAAUAUAAUUUUAAAAUAAAUUCCACUUUCCUAUUAAUGUAUAUCAUUAAGACUAAUAAUCAAUAAGUAUCAUACCAUCCGCUAAUUAGAAAUACUUUUUAUUAUGGGUAUAAUUCGAUUAAUUGAAUAAUAAAGAUAAUUCAAAUAUUCAUUAUUCACUAUUAUCAAGAGAUCAUUAAAUAUUAACGUCUAAUUAGAUUGUUUGCUAUAUGAAUUGUUUCAAAUGUGAAUAACCAAAUCUUUGUGAUCAAUGCUUUGAUGGCUAUGAUUAUUAUUAAAAUGAAUGUUAGCCAAUUUGUGAGCCUAAUUGUGAAGUAUGUUUUAUUCCAUCUUAUUGUAAUAAAUGCAGCAAGAAUUAUUAUUUACAAGAAGAAGGUAAGUGCUCUGCUACUCCCUUAAAUUAAUUAGAACCUUAGGUGUUGUUAUAAUUUUAACAAGGUGAAAAAUUAUUUUAAUUAGAAAUAAUAAAUAAUAUUGAAAUGGUGUCAUUUACUUAGAUCAAUUCUUUGCAAUUUUAUGUUUAAGUUAUGAUUGGAGAAUCAGUAAUUAGAACCUUUAUCAUCUUUAUACACCCAUAGUAUAAAUCUUUUUAAAUCUAUUACCAAGAUUCAAAUAUAAUAUUAGUAUAUUAUUAAGAAACUUCUGUGCAUGUUCAAAGAUAUGAUCAUAAUUAAUAUUUGAUGUUUGAUGGCUUCUUAUAUUUUACAUAAUUCCCAUAGUUUUAGAUCAAGUCUGAAAAUCUCAUUUUAGAACCACUAUUGGGUUCUCUAUAUUCACUAACUUUUUACGAAUAAAUUUUUGAACCACACUCAAAAAUAUCUUCUCUUAAAUUUUAUAAUGUACGAUUAGAUUCAAUGUUAGCAACAGUAGAAAAUGUAAAGAAUUUCAUGCAGACUUCAGAAUGGAUAGAAAGGAUUGAAAAAAGAAAAAGUUACUUUUCUGUGUUCACUUUUAACAAAAUUUUAAUGAUAAAAUAGGAUUAAAGUGAAUAAUAAAGCUGUCAAUAAGGAUAUGAUAGAUUUUAUUGCAACAGAUUUUCAUGCCAAAAUGGAAAUCAAAUUUUAAUAUCCGAGACUCUAUCAAAAGUUGCUUAUAUUGAUAAUGUAUAGAAUUCUGGAGGCAAAAUUAUUAAUUAUGAAAUCUAUGAUUAAAAAAGAGAAACGAUAAUUAAACAAACAAAAGUUUUGAAUUAAGGGUUCAGUCGAUAAAGAUUUAUUAAAUUAUUUACUUAUACGAAUUCUUUUGCCAUAUUUAUAGAGUAACAAAAUUACGAUCUUAAUUCAAAUGUAAGAUAAUUGGUAGUUUAGUAUAUUUAUAAUACUGGUAACAAAAUUGGUGAUUCUAUAUAUAUUUUAACUUAUGAUGCAGAUACUUUCAUGGAAAUUAUCUAACAUCAAAAUGGGUUCAAGAUAUUUUGGUAGAAAUAAGGAUGUGAUGAUUAAGAAUGUUAUAAUAAUUUAGUAUGGAAAACAUUUGAUAGAGAAAAUGACUUACCAGAUCCAUCAGUACCUCAAAUAAUCUUUAAUGAUCCUAUUAAAGAUGGAAAAGGCAUUGAGAUUGUGGAUAAAUGUACUGAAGAAAUGAUGAAGAAACUUAUUAAAUUCUCUAAUAACAAUUAUGCUAUUUUAUAUAUCUGUUAGAAUAUAUUUAGAAUAAGAAAUUUCGAUAAAGAAGGCUUAGAGAUCCACUUUAAUGAAAUUAACCUUGAAUUAAUUCAUUUAUUUGAUGCAACUGUAAUAUAAGAUGAAAUUUAUUUAAGUAUGGUGUAUAAUUCAGAUAAAAGAGUCAUUAAAAUAUUUAAAUUACAUUAAAUAACGAACACUAUGAUACUUUAACAAGAUUAUAUAAAUGAUUAAGAAAUUUUAGAUAUUAAGAUGGAGGGUUUAUUAAUGAAUUAUGCUCUUUUAAUUACAAGUUUGAAAAACUUUAUUUUUGAUACUGGAUCUUUAAUUGGGCAUUCUUAAUCAUUAUUUAUAUAUGAUAUAUCAAAUGUAAAAAUCCUAGAAAAAUAAGAUAUUAAUUAUCCUGAAUUUUUAACAAUUGAAAAUUGUGAUAAAAGCAUUAUCAAAGGAUUCAAAGUUUUAGAUAAUACAAUCCAUUUAGUAAAUAUCAAUUAAAAUAAUGCAAAUUUAAUUUAACUAAAUAUCAAUGGAAUUAAAUUAUCAUCUUUUAUUUUAGAGAUACCGAAUAUUUCAGAAAUCAAAUUUGAAAUUACAAAUGAAUUGAUUGUCUUCAUGUAUUAAUUGUUUAGCUAAACCUCAUGGAGUUUGAGAAUUUGUACUUAAACAAUGGCUAUAAUUUAUCAUAAAGCAGAUAUUAUAAUGGAAAUUAAAGGCCUUUCAAUAGCUGUAUCUUAGGCUGUUAUAACAUUGACUUGGAGUGAUGUUAAUGAAAAGGAAAUAUUUUAUUAAACACUUGAUAAAAUGGGAACUAUCAUUAAAUCUGGAUAAAUAAAGAAUUAUUAAUCCAAUAGCAAGCCUAUGCUGAUAGUUUUAUUCGAUAUUUAUGUUGGAUUUGUUUGGGAAGUUUAAAACAUUUAAGAGUUACGGGGAUUGUAGCUAUCAUUAAUGAACAAUCAGGGAGAAUUUUUCAAAUAGAUUCAAAUAAUGUGCACUCCUAAUUGUGUUUAAUGUAACAUUAAUUAAUUAUGUACAACUUGUGAGAUUGGAUAUCAUUUAAUAUAAAUUAAUUAAAAUGAAAGCUUGUGCGAAAAAGAUUGUGAUUAAAAUUGUAUUCUUUGUGAUUAAAUGAGAAGAUGUUUUUCUUGCAAGGAAAAUUAUUAUUUGUUAAAUUCUUAAUGUAAUUUGGAUGAAAUUAAAGCUAAAUCAAUUAGAAUUAAUAAAUACACACUAUAAAGUUAAACAUAAUAAUAAGGAGCUAGUUUUAGUGAUGGAUCUAUAAUAGUUGUUUGGUCAAGUAAUUAUUAAGAUGGAAGUAGUUGGGGAGUUUAUGCUUAAGUAAUUGAUAAUGCUGGUGUUUAAAUUGGAGAUAAUAUCAAAAUUAGUUUGAAUUCUCAAGGACCUUAACAUUCUCCUUAUGCAGCUGUAUUGAAGGAUGACACAGUUAUAAUAAUUUACAUUGAUGGAGAUCCUAUUGAUGGCGAUGCAAUUUUGAAAGCUUAAAAAUUUGAUAAAUAAAUGUUAAGAAUAGGAGAUGAAUUUGUCGUUACUUUAAUUAAUUAUAAUAUUGAAAGCUUAAAUAAUAAUCAUAUAUGUAAAGUAUUAAAUUUAAGUAAUGGAGGAUUUGUUAUUGGAUAUGUAAAUUAACUCUUAAAUACAAAUUAAAAAUUCAUUCAUCUAAAAUUCUAUGAUUCAAU